UUAAAAUAGGUCAGCCCGUGCAAAAACCCUUUAAAAUGAGCUCCUCACGUAUUUGAAAGGAGCACGCAUACUAAAGAAAGCGCAGAACUCUGAACUCGAAAGUUGCAAGUCUGUGAGUUGAGGCAGUCAUUCGGACAGAAGGUUUUUAAACAAGAACAAAAGCAACUUGCAAAGAAAGUUUUGGGGGAAAGAAGAAAGGAAUUUUGCUUGCUGCACAGUUUUCAUGUUGAAAAUAUUAAUAAUAUAGCUAUUUUUGCCACUGAAAUUGUAUUUAUUUAUUUUUACAGGAUCAGACACUGCUUUGCUUCGUGUUUAUUUGUUGUUUUGAAAGAUAAGAACUAGAACUUCAAAACUGAAAAGCGGCAAUAUCCUUUUUGCAACGAGGUGACCAGAACUGAACACAAUAUUCUAGGAUGCCUGCAAACAGCGUGUCAGUGCGGCGGCGCUCCGAGCUCGGGCGCUGGCCGACGGUGAGUCUGGGGGGGAUCGGCGAGGAGGAUGAGGUGACCCCCGGCACUGCUGGGGACUCGCAGGUCGGGACGAAGAGGCAGGAGAGUCGCUGCAGUGCCUGGAUGAGGAGAGUUUGCCCCUGUGUGUGCAAGAAGAGCGCAGACGACGUGACCGACAACAGCGGCCCCACGGCAACCAUGGAGGACGACAAGCGCAGUGUUCCACUGUCAGAUCUGAUAUUAUCGGUAAAGAGUGUUGAUUUGAUGAAAUCUCGGUCUGGAAUUAACCGAAAGGAGCAUCACACAGACGAAUUUGAAUAUGAUGACCUCAUCCUGCGCCGCGGCCAAUCGUUCGUCAUGGAAAUCGAAUUCUCGCGACCUUUCAACCCCGACACUGACACCAUGCACUUGGAACUGCAGAUCGGUCCACUGCCACAGGUGUCAAAGGGCACCCAUGUCAUCAUUCCAUUGGUCGAGGAGCUGGAAGACAACCGAUGGGAAGCCAAGAUUGUGCAGAGGGUGGGGACUAAGAUGAAACUGUCUGUCGGAUCCCCUGUGACAGCUGUGAUUGGCCGGUACAAGUUUGCAGUGGCCACUCACAGCUCGGGGGGAGACUUCAAGAUGGAACACAACCCCAAGAACGACAUCACCUUCCUGUUCAACCCCUGGUGCGAAAAUGACACGGUGUUUAUGGAUGAUGAGAAAUUCUUAAAGGAAUAUGUCCUAAACGAAACUGGGAAAAUUUACUACGGGACCGAAAAACAGAUCGGAGCUCGAACCUGGAACUUUGGACAGUUUGAUGCUGGUGUUCUAGAGGCCUGCCUGUUUAUUCUGGAUCGCAGUGGGGUGCCUCACGCUGGAAGGGGGGACCCAGUCAAUGUGGUCCGAGUCAUCUCUGCCUUGGUGAACUCGAUGGAUGAGGAUGGAGUCCUGGUUGGGAACUGGUCAGGUGAUUACUCGCUGGGCACGGCUCCCACAGCCUGGUCCGGCAGUGUGGAUAUCCUCACCCAGUACCAUCGGAAGGGGGGCAAGCCGGUCUCAUACGGGCAGUGCUGGGUCUUUUCAGGGGUCACCACCACAGUGCUGCGUUGUUUAGGGAUCCCCACGCGCAGCGUCACCAAUUUCUGCUCGGCUCACGACACUGACGUGUCUCUCACCACGGACAUCUACUUAGAUGAGAACAUGGAGCCCCUGGCGCACCUCAACAUGGACUCCAUCUGGAACUUCCACGUGUGGAAUGACUGUUGGCUGGCUCGACCAGACCUGCCCCCGGGGAUGGGGGGCUGGCAGGCGGUGGACGCGACGCCCCAGGAGACGAGCCAGGGGACCUUCUGCUGCGGCCCCUCCUCCGUCAUAGCAAUCCGCAACGGACUGGUGUACUACAGCCAUGACACACCCUUCAUAUUUGCUGAGGUGAACAGUGAUAAGAUCUACUGGCAGCGGCAGGCGGAUGGCUCCUUCACCAAGGUGUUCAGUGAGAACAAGGCAGUGGGGCGCUGCAUCAGCACCAAGGCAGUGGGGUCUGAGGAGAGGGAGGACAUCACUGACUUGUACAAGCACCCCGAGGGCAGCGAGGAGGAGCGCAUUGCCGUGGAGACGGCCUGUCGCUAUGGCAGCAAGCCCGAUGUGUACUCGAUCCGCCAGCCGGAGGACGUCAGCGUGGAAGUCAGCACGGAUGGGGGGGAGCUACAGAUGGGCCACAAUGCCUCAAUCCGCAUCACCACGAGCAACAAGAGCCAAUCUGCACGCAGCGCCGUGCUGCACGGCCAGAUCUCAGUCAUGUACUACACCGGGGUCAUCAAGGCAACCGUCAAGAAGGACAUCAUCAACAUUGACUUGCUUCCCGGCGAGGAGAAGACAGUGGAGUGGGUUGUGACGUACGCGGACUAUCAGGACCAGCUGGUGGACCAGGCUGCUCUCGUGAUGACCGUGGCGGGUCGGGUCAGCCAGUCCGGUCAGGUUCUGGCCACUCAGCAUGUCUUCAGACUGCGGACUCCGGACCUGCAGAUCCAGCCUGAAGGCAGUGCUGUGGUGGGUCAGAAGAUGCAAGCCAAAAUCAUCUUCACCAACCCACUGCCCAAAACACUGAAGAGCGCUGUGAUCAGUGUGGAGGGUCCGGGCCUGCAGACGCCCAAGAGAAUCAACAUCGGCGAUGUGGCACGUCACUCUACAAUCACCCUGACAGAAACAUUUGUUCCUGCCAAAUCUGGCCCUCGCAAGCUCAUCGCCAACCUGGACUGCAGGCAGCUGACCCAGGUUCACGGGGUUGCAGAGAUCAUAGUUCAAGACGAGUAAAAAAAAAAACUAAACAUUGAAAGGUUUAGAGGUGUGUGUGAAGCUGUAUCCCAGGGUCUACCAUUUUGGCUCCAGUUUGUCUUUAGUUUACAGAUAAUGCUGAUUCUGAAUGAGCCAAGAUGGCAGCAGUUUCUCUUUAAUCAAUCAAUCUUUCAAAAAAAAUGCCUCAAAGUGCUUAACAAGAGAAAAUAAAAUAAAAUAAAAACAUAUUUUUUUAAGAAGAAAUACAGAAAUGAAAAUAUUUAAAAACAAUACAAACAAGUAAUAAAUACAUAGCAUCUUUAGGAAACUGCUCACAUGUAACCUCCAUGUUGGCUCCUCUAUAGUUCACUACACAAAGCCGACUUCACGUUGGAGCCACAAUGGCUGACCCUUUGAUGAAGACUAAUUGGAAAAUGUGCGUCGGUCUCUGAAUUCCGUCCGGCAACAAGCCAGCCAAUCACAAUUUCCAAACAGCCCUGGAUAUUUAAAUCUACCUGGCAACAAAUAAUUUAGGAAGACCGAUCAAAGUAAACAGCCAAUUAGAACGUUACAGGACUCAAAAUCUGCCUAGUAACGAGGAAGGAAGCAUCAGUAGCAAAGAGAAAAAAAAACACCCUUCCAAUUUAAAACUAUUGAAACAGCCCUGAGUUAGUUUAAUUAGUCUGGAUAAUAGUAGUUUCACUAAAACACAACUAUUAAUGUAACUUUUAUACCAGUUUUGCUAUAAAACUAAAUAUUUUCAACAUUUCAGACAGCUAGUUGUCUAGAAAAUAGGAACCAUAAUAUAAAGUAUUUUUUUUAUUAAUCAGUAAAAAGAUACUGUACCGUUGUUUCAUGAAAUAAUUGCGUUUGAUUUGAAAUAUCUUUAUAUAUUUCAGAACAUUUCAGAAGCAAUAUAUAUAAUUGUAUAUAUAGAGAACAGUCCUGCAGUCAUUCUAAUAGAGGUGUACCCCUGAACAGUCCUGCAGUCAUUCUAAUAGAGGUGUACCCCUGAACAGUCCUGCAGUCAUUCUAAUAGAGGUGUACCCCUGAACAGUCCUGCAGUCAUUCUAAUAGAGAGGUACCCCUGAACAGUCCUGCAGUCAUUCUAAUAGAUGUAUACCCCUGAACAGUCCUGCAGUUAUUCUAAUAGAGGUGUACCCCUGAACAGUCAUGCAAUCAUUCUAAUAGAGGGGUACCCCUGAACAGUCAUGCAAUCAUUCUAAUAGAGGUGUACCCCUGACCAGUCCUGCAGUUAUUCCAGGAAUGAGGCUGAAUAACCUAGACGGGCCUCCAAACAGGUUGUUUCUCCUCCUGAGUAAAAUAAACACAGCAGAGCUCCACUGUGUGCACUCAGGGAGUGUUAAUGUAACAAUGUGUGGAAAAGAAAGUGUGGUUUUAACGAAGAGAUUUGGAACAGUGCGAUUCACCAGGUGAUUCUGUCGUUUCAUUUGAAUGAAUGCAAGGUUUAUAUAAAUAAAUGGCAAGAAAGUUAAAAUAUAUCAAUUACAGAUUAUUUUUUUUUUUUUUUUUUUUUAUAAAUUUAGUCAUUGCCAAUUAUUUUUAUUAUUUUCUCCCAUUAGAAUGGCCAAUUAUUUUUUUUAAGCUCAGCUCACCGCUACCACCUCUGCUCUGUCUCGGGAGGGCGAAGACGAACACACACUGUCUUCCGAAAAUAUUUGUUUAUUUAGCAGACGCCUUUAUCCUCCAAAGCGUGUGCCGUCAGCCGACCGCUUUUUUUCACACUGCGGACUCACCAUGCAGCCACCCAAGAGCUACAGCGUCGGAGGACAACGCAGCUCUCGGGCAGCUUACAGGCAAGCCCGCAUGCGCCCAGCCAGACUACAGGGGUCGUUGGUGCGCGGUGAGCUGAGGACACCCUGGCCGACCUAACCCUCCCUCCCCCUGGGCGAUGCGCGGCCAAUUGUGCGCCGCCCCCUGGGAGCUCCCGUCCUCGGUCGGCUGUGGAAUAGCCUGGACUCGAACUCGCGAUGUCCAGACUAUAGGGCGCAUCCUGCACUCCACGUGGAGCGCCUUUACUGGAUGCGCCACUCGGGAGCCCCCAAUUACAGAUUUUUUAAGCAGUUAAACUACCCACAGUAUUAAAAGCAAUCAUUUACUGUUGAUGAAGGACAUUAUAAAUAAGUUUUUGUAUGUAUUUUCUAUGUAAUAUUAUGUAGAACUGUGAUCCUCUUCAAAACACUAUUUAAGAUGUGUAAUGUAUGGUUUAAUAUCUGUUUUUCAAUACUGCUGUGAUAAUAAAUAUUGUAUCAUUAUAUUUUUCAUAAAUCCUUCUUGCCAAAUUACCCAAACAAAAGUUGGAUAACUACUUAUGUGCUGUAGGUCAGACUUAAUCCAAUAUCUCCAGCGCAACAGAAGGGGCCCCUUGGUAAUGUCACUGGUGCUAAUAAGAGGCAAGAGCCUGGGUUUGAAGAAGUCUUGGUUUGCACUUCUUUAAAAGGUAAUGAAAGAUGUAAGAGAUAUAAUAUUUACAGCAAAUAUAUUAUAUUGAUUUUGCUGAAGAGUAUGUAUGACAAAGACGUUGCUCAAAAUGUAUUAUUGAUUUAUGGAAAAAACGUUUUUAAAUGAUACAAGAUUGUCUUUCUUUAUAAGACUAAUAGAAGUGAAUCUGUCCUGUCGACCCCCCUUUCCCAUAUGGUAUAAGACUAACUAAACAUGAUAAAAAGCAAGCUUGAGGCAUGGAAACUGAACUGUCCCUUCCGCACCCCUUAAGAGAAAAGGGGUACAUUCUUACAUACAUUUUAUUUUAUAAAAACAAACACAUUAAAGAAAUAGUAAUGCAGUACAUUUCUGAUAACUGACCUGACAUUACAUUGUCAAUAGUUUGUGUGCCUACAGCGGAAAAACGACCUUUACAGAAUGUACUGGACAGCAUGUGGAUGAAUGUAGUAAACUAACACAGACACCAAGAAGGAAUUAUAGUGUAGUGUCAAACUGAACAGGAUUGUGGGACUAUUUAACUAAUUAUUAGUAAAAGCAAAUGGUCAAUUCUUCUCUGCAUUUGGUCUAAUAAAGUUGAUGUUUGUAUUUAA